AUGUCUCACCACUCACCCCAGUCCUCCACCGGCGUUGGCCCAGCUUCCAGCCCCUAUGCUGGCACUGACCCUACCUUGUACUCACCUGACCUGACUCGCUACUCUCGCUCGAACGGCUUCCAUCGCCGCAACAUCCCCAGCCAGGUCACUGUCACCGACAACGGCAAGAUUUCCCUUCACAACACAGGUGCUGCCUCUCCCAAGUACAAGGGCGGCCUCCCAUUCCCUGCCCCUUACUACCAGGGUCUCUUCGCCAACGAGGUCUCCGAGGAUGACAAGUCAUUCAUCUCUCGCUUCCAGUUCGUCGCUCAGCUUCCAGAUGGCACCCAUGCCGGCGUCGACUCUGAACACGAGCUCUUCAGCGUUCAGCAUCAGAUGAAGCUAUACCAGUGCUUCUCAAGCUGUGUGCCGGUCUACACUCGUGGUGUUCACCUCCGCUACGACGACCUUCGCGAGGCCGCUGAAGCCAAGGACAUCCUCUCUGAGCACGGCUACGUCGUCGACUGGAUCACCGGCUACGAGUUUGCGCUCGCCAAGUCGCAGGAUACAGCCCAGCUCAACGAGUUCGAAGGUCAGAUCAAGGUACCCGUCACUAUUCAACCCUACCCUGACCAUGCCGCCUUCGACUUCACCGACGCCGACCUUGCCGAAGUCUCUCAGGCUAUCGAGAUUACCGCAGGCGUCUUCGGUACCGUCCGCAACUGCGUCCACGUCGAGACCCACGACACCAAGAUGACUCUCGUCUUCCGUAUCGAAUUCCACUCAGUCGAUGCUGCCACUCGUGCUGUCCAGAGCUUGACUCUUGACUCUGUCUGGGGUGUCAACAACUCGAAGACCUUCCGCUGGGCUAUCGCCGAGACUGCCCCUUGGUCUGGCGAGCGAGCCAUAAACUCACCCCACCGCACCAAGCCUCGUGUCGAUGACCAGGGUCGCUUCGUUGGUUACCGUCCUACUUCGAUCUCCAACGUCCCCUACCAGCGUCAUCCGGCUGAUCAGCAUAACCGUGUCCGCCGCGAGCGCAUCCUCGAUGGCAGCGAUGUCCGCACCACUAUCAUGCUGCGCAACAUCCCCAACAAGAUGGACUGGAUGUCACUCAAGACCAUCCUGGACGAGGUCUGCUUUGGCACCUACGACUUCCUCUACCUCCGCAUCGACUUCAAGUCUGGCUGCAACGUUGGCUAUGCCUUCAUUAACUUUGCCGACGUCGGUGGCAUGAUUGCCCUCAUCGACCGCAUCGAGCGUCGCUGCUGGGUUGCCUACCGCUCUUCCAAGGCCGCCGAGGUCUCCUACGCCACCAUCCAAGGCCGCGAAGCUUUGGUGCAGAAGUUCCGCAACUCUUCCGUCAUGCAGGAGACUCCGUUCUGUCGACCGCGCCUCUUCCUCCCUUACCUCGACGCCGAUAUCUCUGACAAGCUUCGCUCCACCGGCACCGAACAGCCCUUCCCUCGUCCUGACAACCUGUCUAAGCUUCAGCGUUCCAUGGACAGCGCCCGUAGCGUUGGUCUCUACCCUCCUCAUGGUCUCUCUGCCGUCUCCGAGCACCGCAACCGUGCUAGCGCAUACGAUCGGGGCACUCCUCGCGACAUGAUGCAGGCCGCCAUGAACUUCGCUCGCCAGCGCGCUGCUCCGGUUCCACUUCAAGGCCUCAGCGACGUGCAGAAGCGCGAUGUCGAGGUCUGGUACUCUUACAACUACGGUCAGGGUCAAGUUGGAUACAUCCCCUUCAACUACAUCCCCUUGACCCACGUCGCCCAGUGCUUCGCUGAACACCAGUCUUCUCCCAACUCCGGCGCUGUCAACCACCCCGGUGUCAUCGGCGCUCCUGUCAUCAACACUCCUUACAAGCGCGAUCACAUCGGCACCACCGUCACCACUCCUACUCGCCGCGCCCGCGUCAACGGUAGCCCUUCAUUCGCUCGCUCCGACCGUCAUGAGCAGGCCAACGGCAACUUCGUCUAG